CAAAUUAUUAUCGUCAGUCAACUAUCAUUCCUUUAAGAAGUACAAUAAAAUUAUAAAAGAAAUGACUUUAAAAAAUUAUGAAUUCGAACAAGAAUUCUUUUAAUGCAAGGGAAACUUUUAAUAAAUUUUCCUUUGCAAAAUCAUCGAAUUCAUUAUUAAAAACUCAUUUUUAUUUUUACAAAAUGAAAAAAUGUCUAUAAUGAAAAAUUGAAAAAAAAAAAAAAAAAAAAAAAAUUACUAGUGUGAGUUUAGUGUGAAAAACUACGAAAAAAAAUUUUCAAGUGCAAUUAAAAUAAUUUUUUUCGUUUUACAUUACGUGAUUUGAGAGAAGUUAAAGUUUUUUUUUGUGGUGAAAAAAAAAUUGUUAUUAAAAAUGCAGCUUCCAAUGAAACUGGGAAUUGCUGGUGGGGUGAUGUUCUCUCUUUCUGUCUUCUUCUUUAUGAUAGCAUUUCCAAAAAUUUUAAAAUCAGUUAUUCAUAAGAAAAGUGCCUUAUAUCCCGGAAGUGAAAUCCGUGAAUUAUGGUCGGAUUUACCAAUUCCUAUAGAUUUCAAAAUUUACAUUUUUAACAUAACAAAUGCCGAAGAAAUUGAGAAAGGUGCAUAUCCAAAUGUCAAGGAAGUUGGUCCAUUCUUUUACGACGAAUGGAAGAAGAAAGUUAAUUUAAUCGAUCAUGAAGAAGAUGACACAGUGGAGUACAAUAUGAAAAAUUGGUUUGUUUUUAAUCCGUCAAAAAGUAAUGGAUUAACUGGUGAAGAAGAAGUAGUUUUUCCACAUUUACUAAUUUUGGGAAUGGUUAUGGGAACACUUAGAGAAAAACCAAAUGCUAUUGGUUUAGUUGGUAAGGCAAUUAACAGCAUUUUCCACAAUCCAAAAUCGGUAUUUGUUAAAGUUAAAGUAAAGGACCUUCUAUUUACUGGAUUACCUAUUGAUUGUACUGUGACUGACUUUGCUGGAGCUGCCGUAUGUGGUAUUUUGAAGGAGCAAGGUGAAGAUGACUUAAUAAAAGAAGGCGAAGGCCGAUAUAGAUUUUCCUUCUUCGGUGCCAAAAAUUAUUCAACCUAUAAAGAUAGUUUACGUGUUUAUCGUGGAAUAAAAGAUCCAGAUACUGUUGGAGUUGUGACACAUUAUGGUGGAAAGCCAGCAAUGGACAUUUGGCGUGGACCAGAAUGUAAUAAAUAUGAAGGAACAGAUUCAACCAUUUUUCAUUCAUAUUUUUAUGCCGAUGAAGAUUUAGUUUCAUUUGCACCUGAUCUUUGUCGUAGUUUGGGAAUAAAAUCAGUGGCAAAAACAAAAUACGAAGGAAUAAAAACAAAUCGCUAUGUUGGCGGUCUUGGCGAUACAAGUUCAGAUCCAAAAUUAAAAUGUUUUUGUGAAACUGACGACACAUGUCUUAAACAAGGACUUUAUGAUUUAACAAGAUGCGUUGGAGCACCAAUUGUUGCAUCUCUUCCUCAUCUUUAUGAUACACAUGAAAUGUAUCUCAAAAAUGUCACUGGAAUAACUCCAAAUAAGAACGAACAUGAGCUGUUUGUUGAUUUUGAGCCAAUUACUGGAACACCAGUCUCUGGAAGGAAACGACUACAAUUCAAUAUGUUUAUUCAACCAGUGGAGAAGCUUAAAUUAAUGAAAAAUUUUCCAUAUUCUUUGUUACCACUUAUGUGGGUUGAGGAAGGUCUUUCUCUUGAAGGAGAUUUUCUCAAACAAUUCAAAGCAGUUUUUCGAGUUUUCAAAAUCAUCGCUGCUAUUAAAUGGAUUUUAUUUUUCGGUGGAUUGGGCCUUGGUGGAACGGCGGGUUAUUUACAAUAUAAACAAAGAAAGGCAAAUUCAAUGGAUGUUACAAAAGUAACAAAAAGUGCCGGAAGUAAAGGUAGCACCACGGUAUCGGCAAUGGGCGGCGAAGGGGGAGAGGAAAAAAAACAAUGGCCUCUUAAUGUUCAAACACUUCAAUCAGUUAAUUCACCACCAAAUGUGGAAAGAUAAAUUAAAUAGUGUUUAUUUUCUUUUCCUAAGAAAAAAAAAGAUUUUUUUUUUUAAUUAAGGAUUUUGAUUACCAAAAAAAUGCGAUAUAAUUCUACUUUUCGUUGUGAAAUUUUCCAAAUUAUAAAAAUUACUUAUUUUUUUUUUAAAUUAAAUUUUUUUUUAUAUCUGUUUAUUUAAUAAUUUAACGAAAAAUUGAAAUUAUAAAUUCCACUUGGAAGAGUUGAGUAUAUCGAUUUUUUUUUAUUUCUAAAAAUUUACGCAAUAGUUCAGUAAUUCUUCAGUUUUUAUUAAAGAAAAAACAAUUUUAUUUUCUGAAGAAAAAAAAGUGAGGAUAAUUAAAUAAAACCUCGCAAUAACAGAAAAACUUAAAAAAAAUUAAUAUUUUCAUUAACUUUUAUAUGAUUUUGUAUGAUUUAAAAUUUAUGAAAA